GCAGUACACGUUCCCCCGGUUACCCCUGGCAUUGGAUUGCGCUUGCGAUCAUCGCGAGAUCAAUCUUUGAGGAAUUCUAUAUCGAGGGGGAAAAAGAAUGCCCAUUUUACUGCCGGAGCAAUGUUUGAAAAUUUCACAGAGCAAGCUUUAGAUGUUAUCGCCCUCGCAAAACAGGACAUGCGAGCUAUGGCAGGAAGGCACAAGGAUGGGCAAUUAGUGAGUCUCAUUGCAGAGGCCAUUGUCAUAGUUGCCGUGGGAUAUAUGUUGGAUGAGAUCUACCGCAGAAUUUGUGGGUCCACAAAUGGUGAAACUGUUGAUACAGGAAGCGGUGGAACUAAGGUGUCAAUACUUGAGGAGUACGGGACAAAUCUUACAAGACUAGCCCUGGAGGGAAAAUUAGAACCUGUUGUCGGAAGGGAAAACGAGAUCAAGAGUGUCAUAGGAAUCUUGGGAAAAAUGAAUAAAAGGAAUCCAUGCCUGAUUGGAGAGCCUGGUGUUGGAAAAACAGUGAUUGCUGAAGGUCUUGCGCUACGCAUCGCUACCGGCGAUGUGCCUCAAGCAAUUGAAGGAAAAACGGUCAUCGCCCUUGAUUUGGCACGUCUAGUUGGUGGUACCAGAUACCGUGGACAGUUUGAAGAAAGAAUGAAGAAUUUGAUGGAAGAAAUCAAACAAAAUGGUCAGAUAAUAAUUUUCAUUGAUGAAGUUCACACGGUGCUACGAGCAGGAGCAGUAGAAGGCGGUGCAAUGGAUGCUGCCAAUAUUCUGAAGCCAGCACUGGCGAGACGCGAAAUUCAGUGUAUCGGAGCCACUACAUUCGAUGAAUACAGGAAGCACAUCGAGAAAGACCCUGCCCUGGAGAGGCGUUUCCAUCCUGUGAAAGUUGCAGAGCCCACAGUUGAUGAAACCAUAGAAAUCCUCAAAGGGCUCCGGGAGCGAUACAAGAUCCACCACAAGGUCCGGUUAACAGACGGAGCACUGACCGACGCUGCUCUACUCUCGCAGCGAUACAUCAGUGAUCGUUUCCAACCAGACAAAGCAAUCGACUUGCUUGAUGAGGCGGGAUCUCAUGCCAGGCUACAACAUGGCAAGGUAUCUGAGCAAGUUAAAUAUCUAGACAAUAAGCGCAAAAAAAUUAUCAAAGAGAAGAAGCACGCCUUGAGCUGCCUGCAGUUCAAGCUGGCGGCAGAGCUUCGCGGCAAAGAGCUGGAACUCCUGUCCAUGAUCACGUCCGCCGGGCCGGUGGUCAGCGAGGCUGACAUUCAGCGCGUGGUCUCCUCCUGGACGGGCAUCCCCGUGGAGAAGGUCUCCGCGGACGAGUCUGACCGGCUGCGCAGCAUGGAGGAGACCCUGCACCGGCGCGUCAUCGGGCAGGACGACGCCGUGACGGCCGUGUGCCGCGCCAUCCGCAGAGCGCGCGCCGGCCUUGGGAGCCCCCGCCGUCCGAUCGGCAGCUUCGUGUUCGCUGGCCCGACGGGCGUGGGCAAGACGGAGCUGGUGAAGGCACUGGCGUCCUGCUACUACGGGUCGGAGGAUGCCAUGGUGCGGCUGGACAUGAGCGAGUACAGCGAGAGUUUCGCGGCGGCGAGGCUGGUGGGCGCGUCCCCGGGCUACGUUGGGUACCAGGAGGGCGGGCAGCUGACGGAGGCGGUGCGCAGGAGGCCGCACACGGUGGUGCUGCUGGACGAGAUCGAGAAGGCCCACGGGGACGUGCACAACGUGCUGCUGCAGGUCAUGGAGGACGGACGGCUGACGGACGGCAAGGGGCGGACGGUGGACUUCAAGAACGCGCUCAUCGUCAUGACCUCCAACGCUGGCAGCGGCCUCUUCGUCGGGAACGGCGAAGGCGGUGAGGUGGUGACGAGCGUGAUGGUCGAGGAGGAGAUGAAGAGGAAGCAUGGGUUCCCGCCUGAGUUCCUGAACCGGCUGGACGAGGUGAUCGUGUUCAGGCAGCUCGGCAAGCCUGAUGUCAAGAAGAUCGUGUCGAUCAUGCUGGGAGAGGUGGUCAGCCGGGUGAGGGAGAGGGGAAUCAGGCUGCAGGUAACGGAGGGGUUGAAGGAGCUCGUCGCCGAGAAAGGCUAUGACCCGAGCUACGGCGCGCGGCCGCUGCGGAGGGCCAUCGUGAGGCUGGUGGAGGACAAGCUCGCGGACAUGAUGCUCGCCGGGGAUGCCAAUGAAGGGGAUUCCUUGGUUGUAGAUACUGACUCAGCAGGGAAAGUGGUCGUGCACCGCCAGCACGAUGAGCCACGGCCUCAUUUGCAGACUCUCGGGCCUAUUGCUGCCUAGUUUUUAUUACUAGCUAAAUACC